CAUUCGAAAAACUAUUCCAAGUACAUUCUACAUAAUUAGCUUUUAGCAGAGAAAGACAAUGAAAUACCAAAUUGUUUUUUCAAUCUUCUUGUUGUUUUCUUCUAUUUACAUGUCAGAAUCACUGAAAUACACGUUAAUCAGCGAGCUUGACGUAGCAGCACCAGCAGACGAUGUAUGGGCUCUUAUCGCCUCUAAAGAUGCCCCUAAAACCUUUGAAAUGUUGCUCCCCGGUAUGUUCGAGAAAUUAGAAAUUAUUGAAGGUGAUGGUGGCGUUGGUACCGUUCUUCUUGUCGUAUAUCCUCCAGGAUCAGUACCACUAUCAAAUGAAGAAAAGUUUGUGACGAUCGAUAACCAUAGGCGUCUUAAGGAGAUAUUGCAAACCAAAGGAGGAUAUCUAGACAUGGGUGUAACAUUUUACAUGGAGAGUUUCCAAAUAUUUCCAAGAGGUUACGGCUCAUGUGUCUUCAAAUCCAUGGUCAGAUACGAGGUCCCUGACGGACUUGCUUCUAAUGUGUCUUCUCUCAUAAGUGUCGAAGGCCUUCUAACCAUGGCUAAAGCUGCUGCAAAAUAUGUUGUCGAUAAUAACAAAAUAAAGUCAAAUUAUUGAUUUCAUGCAUAUUUAAAAAUAAAUGUCGGUGAAAUUUCUAAAAAGGGAAAAUAAAAACCUCUAGGAGUAUGUAUUAUCUACUGCUUUGAGACGAUAAUUGUAUUACUGUUCUUUGUUUGA